UCAGCCAAAUUAAGAGCGAAAUCAGUUCGCCGAGUGAUCUUGUCUUGUGUGGACAAAGUUUGACACCGUGUUACUCUUCAAGCUCUGCUAACACUAUGGCAAAGUACAGGAUUGUUAUGGUUCGCCAUGGCGAGAGUGAAUGGAAUCAACUCAAUCUAUUCUGUGGAUGGUUUGAUGCCGGUCUUUCGGAGAAAGGGAAGAGCGAAGCGCUAGCAGCAGGGAAAGCUCUAAAGAAUGAGGGCUAUACCUUUGAUGUAGCGCAUACGUCGAUGUUGACACGAGCACAAACGACACUCCAAACUAUAUUGAAAGAAAUUGGUCAGGAAAAUUUGCCGACCGAAAAGACAUGGCGUUUAAACGAACGCCAUUACGGAGGACUAACAGGGAUGAACAAGGCUGAAACUGCUGCAAAGUAUGGAGAGGAACAGGUUCAAAUUUGGAGAAGAUCUUUCGACACACCUCCACCACCAAUGGAAACUGAUCACAAGUAUUACGACACUAUUGUGAAGGACCCGAGGUAUGCAACAGAACCAAAACCAGAGGAAUUCCCGAAAUUUGAGUCCCUGAAACUCACAAUUGCAAGGACUCUCCCUUACUGGAACAAUGUUAUCAUUCCUCAGCUGAAAGAAGGCAAAAAAAUCAUCAUUGCUGCCCAUGGAAACAGCCUCCGUGGAAUCGUCAAGCAUCUUGAUGAUCUCAGCAAUGACCAAAUCAUGGGCCUCAACCUGCCGACGGGUAUACCUUUUGUUUAUGAGUUGGAUGAGAACUUUAAGCCGGUAGUAUCUAUGAAAUUCCUUGGCGAUGAGGAAACUGUAAAGGCAGCAAUAGCUGCAGUGGCUGCUCAGGGCAAAGCAAAAUAAUUGGCAGGAGUAUGGCAUCUCAUCAAAGUGAGAGUUGUGUAUUAUUGUUAUUAGUAUAUUUCUUCCUGAAUCUAUUUAUGAGGCAGCGUAAACCAGUGCGUUGUAUAAAUUAUUGGUAUACUAUCUGUUGUACUAGUCUGGGAACGUAUCCGUGAACGAAUGUUAAAAAUAAAAUGACUUUUAAAUAUAA